CCAUCAUCAUCAUCAACAAGCACACAGAUCACUGAAAAAAAAGUGAAAAUGUCUGAAUAUACAACAGAUGUUGAGGAAUAUCUUUUUGAUAUAAAAAGGAUUUACAAGAAAAAUGAAGAAUGCAGAAUACAACGUCUUGAGAAAGCACUGGGUGCGGUGAGCAACACAUUAACGUCUACUGUCAAGUCCAGUGACAACGGAUUAAAGACCUGCACUUCCGCAGUACCCGACACAACAGAGAGCGGCACGGGACAGAUGGAGAAAAGAAGGAAACAAAUCAAAGAGGAUUUGGAAAAUGUUGUGCAGAAAUACACCCUAGAUUUUUCAAAGGACAUCAUGAAGAUUUUCAAAGACCCCAUUCAUGGUCAGAUUGAGCUGCACCCUCUACUGGUGAAGAUGAUUGACACUCCUCAGUUUCAGAGACUCAGAUUCAUCAAACAGCUGGGAACUAAAUAUCUGGUGUAUCCGGGGGCCACUCACACUCGCUUCGAACACUCACUUGGUGUGGCGUAUUUAGCAGGAUGUCUUCUCAAGACUCUACAUGAGAAUCAGCCAGAGCUUAACAUUACCAAACAGGAUUUCCUGUGUGUUCAGAUCGCUGCCCUCUGUCAUGACAUGGGUCAUGGUCCGUUCUCUCAUUUGUUUGAUGCCAUGUUCAUCCCUGAAGUCCAGCCUGAUAAGCAUUGGGAGCAUGAGAAGGCCUCUGUUGACAUGUUUCACUGCAUGAAAAGUAAGAAUGGACUGGACAAAGAGAUGGAAUUCUAUGGACUGAAUCUACCUGAAGACAUCACAUUUAUUGAGGAGUUAAUUCUGAAAGGACAAAAGGAUGGCAAG